CUAGACUCUGUUGUCCUUAAGCCUGGCUUUUGGGCCCUGAGCUGACCCAUCAGGAGUUGGCCACUGACCACUUACCCUUUCUAUAUAUUGACUGUCACCAUUGUCUUUACACCCUGUUUCAGGGCCUUGAGCUAGCCCACCCAUUGUUCUUCAUGCCCUAUUUUGGGGGAGGUCUGUUGGAGUUCCUCAAGGACCUAGUUUCUUGUCUAAGAAAUAGGAAACAUGGCCGUGGGAGAUUCCAGUGGCUGAUAAGUCCAACACACAACAGCAAAUCCAGGACAGUUUCUGGACAAAAUGUGUAUCCUUUAAUGAUAACGCUAAACUUCCAUGCUGGGCAGACAGCUGACUCCUGACUGUCUUGCCUGCUUGCACACUGUCUGCUUCUGGCCUUCUUCAGUUUGGCCCCUCCCCGCCAUGCUUCUGUUUUGAACUCUGACUUCUUAUCCUCCAGGUUUGUUUCCCCAGCUAGGCCAGAGAAGACAGCAAAAAGGAUGAGAGUCCUGCCCGUAUAGGGGUUAUUUUGCAGCAGAGGACAGGCUAGCUGCAGCAGCCUGAGAGCUAGUGUGGGGGCUCUGACCCGCUGGAGGCUUGCUUGAGUUAAUAAAGGACUGGAUGCCUUCUCUGGAGGUUGGGGGGCUGUGGGGGCGCUAAGAAUGUAAUGGCUUUUCCUGGCAAACAGAAGCCCACUUUUCAAGAUUUCUGAGGAAUGCGGAGUAUUUACCGGGUCAGAGUCCAACCUGAGUUGAGCCCAGACUGCCAGGGGCGUGUGUGUAUGUGUGUGUGUGUGUGUGUGUGUGUGUGUGUGUGUGUGUGUGUGUGUGUAAGCAGCUGACCCUGGGAGGGGUUGAUUCAUUCAGUCCAGCCAUCCACACAGCUACUGUGGGUCAGAAACAGGGGACAAAUAAGUUCCAGAGGAGAGGAGAGGCCCUCCGGCACAAGCUGCUUCUGAGAGAAGGAUGCAGGCGUGGAACCUGUCGGGCCUGGGCCUGGGCCCAGUGCUGGCCUCCUCGUGGCAUCUUCUGCUGCUCUUCGGGGCUUCUUGGCUCGUGGCGAGAAUUCUGGCCUGGGCUUACUCCUUCCAUGAGAAAUGCGGCCGCCUCAGAUGCUUCCCUCAGGCCCCUAAGCGGAACUGGUUUUUGGGUCAUCUGGGCACGAUCCAGAACAAUGAGGAAGGUAUGCAGAUGGUGACUGAAAUGGGCAAGACCUUCCGACAUGUCCAACUCUGUUGGCUGGGGCCUGUCAUCCCUGUGCUGAAGCUUGUGGACCCUGCAUUUAUUGCCCCCCUGCUCCAUGCCCCAGCUUUGGUGGCCCCCAAGGACAUGACUUUCUAUGGCUUCCUGAAGCCCUGGCUGGGGGACGGGCUCUUCCUGAGUUCUGGUGACAAAUGGAGCCGCCACCGACGCCUGCUGACGCCCGCCUUCCACUUUGACAUCCUGAAGCCCUAUGUGAAGAUUUUUAACAAGAGCGUGAACAUCAUGCACGCGAAGUGGAAGCGUCUGGCCGAGGAAGGCAGCGCCCGCCUGGAAAUGUUUGAGAACAUCAGCCUCAUGACCUUGGACAGUCUGCAGAAAUGCCUCUUUGGCUUUGACAGCAACUGUCAAGAGUCUCCCAGUGAAUACAUUGCUGCCAUCUUGGACCUCAGCGCCCUGGUAGCAAAAAAGUACCAGCAGGUCUUCUUGUACAUGGACUUCUUGUACUACCUCACUGCUGAUGGGCGGCGCUUCCGCAAGGCCUGUGACCUGGUGCACAACUUCACAGAUGCUGUCAUCAGGGAGAGACGCCGCACCCUCAGUAGCCAGGGUGUUGAUGAAUUCGUGAAGACCAAGGCUAAGACCAAGACUUUGGACUUCAUUGAUGUGCUCUUGAUGGCCAAGAAUGAAGAUGGAAAGGAGCUGUCAGAUGAGGACAUCCGGGCAGAGGCUGACACCUUCAUGUUUGGAGGCCAUGACACCACAGCCAGUGCGCUCUCCUGGACCCUGUACAACCUGGCGAGGCACCCAGAAUACCAGGAGCGCUGCCGGCAGGAGGUGCGGGAGCUGCUGAGGGACCGAGAGCCCCAGGAGAUUGAAUGGGAGGACCUGGCCCAGCUGCCCUUCCUGACCAUGUGCAUCAAGGAGAGUCUACGGCUGCAUCCUCCCGGUACAGACCUGGUCCGGGGCUGCAUCCAGGAUAUUGUGUUGCCUGAUGGUCGAGUCGUCCCCAAAGGCAGCGCGUGUGUCAUCAGCAUUUUCGGAGUUCAUCACAACCCCUCAGUCUGGCCAGACCCUGAGGUCUAUGACCCCUUCCGCUUUGAUCCAGAAAACCCUCAGAAGAGGUCACCUCUGGCUUUUAUUCCCUUCUCUGCCGGACCCAGGAACUGCAUAGGACAGACUUUCGCCAUGAACGAGAUGAAGGUGGCGCUGGCGCUCACCCUGCUGCGCUUCCGCGUCCUGCCGGACCACAAGGAGCCGCGCCGGAAGCCGGAGCUGAUCCUGCGCGCAGAGGGCGGGCUGUGGCUGCGGGUGGAGCCGCUGAGCGAGGGUGUGCAGAGACCCCCACACCUAGCCGAGGACCUCCUCAUCCACCCACCUGCCUUUGCGGGUCCCUGAAUAAUCAGAGUCUAACUGAGUGCCAGCAGUGGGUCCGGAGGAAAACAGAGAUCCUGUUGGUGUGUUGGGGGAGAGGCUGGGUCGGUGUCUCUGAUCCAGAUUCCCACUGCCUUUGUUCACCAUUGACUUUCUAGGCUGAUGAGAGUUCUUCUCCAGCUUAAGUAAGGGGUUUUAUUAAAAAUAAUUGUUAUUUACUCUGA